AUGAAGACUCUUCUGAUUCUGUCUGUCAUCCUUUCUGUAGCUCUGUCCAUCAGAGCUGCAGCAGUUGUUCCAACAGAGAAUGCUGUAGUGCAACUAGAGGACGAACCUGCACCAAAACCAGAGCUGAAGCCUGCUUCGGCUCCUCAAGCUCGUUUGCAGUUCUGUCUUGAUGACUGGCUUAGUUACAACGGUAACUGCUACUACAUUGGCAAUGACUUCAGUACCUGGGGUAAUGCAGAGAGCUUCUGUUCCAACUUUCAGGCUAAUCUAGCCUCAGUUCGUGACAUCUGGGAGUAUAAUUUCAUCCAGCGUAUGGUUAGAAGCGCUGGUCACAAGUUUGCCUGGAUUGGAGGAUUCCACUUUGAGAAUGACUGGAGGUGGCAAGAUGGCUCAAAGUUUGACUACCAUAGAUGGGAAACCAGAAACCCCUCUGAAUCCUACCAGUGUCUGCAACUGGACUCUGAAACAAACAAAGGCUGGACCAACAAUGUGUGCAGCGAUAUCUCCCCAUUCGUCUGCAAAACAAGGCCGAGCUGUUAGUUUUACGUCUACAGAUGCUGCUGACAUUAAACAUGAUUACACAUUGAUUAUAACACACACAUUUCUGCACAUGUAGUAGUAUUUUACAACAGCACUUUGGAAGUUAAAGU